CCAUGGCGAAGAUCCGGGUGUCGUACGAGUACUCCGAGGCCGAGGACAAGAGCAUCCGGCUGGGCUUGUUCCUGAUCGCCUGCGGGAUCCUCAGCCUGUUCAUCCUGGGCUUCUGCUGGCUCAGCCCGACGCUGCAGAGCCUGCAGAGCAAGCCGGCCAACUGCACGGUGGUGUCGGUGCUGCGUCCGGAGGAGAUGUUUGAGUGUGUGUUCACGUGCGGUGCAGACUGUAAGGGAACCUCGCUCUACCCCUGCCUGCAGAUCUUCGUCAACAACUCCGAGUCCAACUCGGUGGCUCUGCUGCACUUUGACGAGCAGCAGCUGGUCCUCAACCCCAAGUGCUCGUACGUGCCUCCCUGUGAGCGAGACAACCAGAAGAACAGAGACAGCGUGUUGAGGUGGGAGGAUUACUUCACCAAAGAGGUCAGCAGCCAGUCGUUCACCUGCUUCUUCAACCAGCAGAGGAGACCGGACGACGUGCUGUGGCGCCGCUCCCACGACACCAGCGUCCUCCUGCACUGCGUCCUCUGGCCGAUGGUGUCGCUGCUCCUGGGCACGCUCAUCGUGCUGCUGACGGUGUGCGCGCGCUCCCUGGCCGUGCGUGCCGAGGCCCUGCAGAAGAGGAAGUGUUCGUACGAGGUGUGCCAAGACCUCGGGGACGUGGCCUCCGAUCACCAAGGCAACAAGGCCGAGCCCUUGGCGACGAACUCUGAUCCUGAGCUUUCGACGGCCUCCAGGACCCUGCCGCUGUUUGCGGUGCCGGUACGCCGCCGCGAUAGAGAACAUUAGGACAGAGCUGUGUGUUGUCCUCAUUUCCCAAAAUCAAACCCCUGGACAGUUUUUCUUAAUGCUGCUGGACUAAAGGUAACUACUGUGGCCAAUUUGGAAAACCUAUAGCCAGCUGGUGUUUGUUUGUUUGACCUGCACCGUUAACCAGUGGAAAAUUUGAGGAGAAGAUGAGUGGAAAUAGUUAAACACACAACAUGAUGCAUCCACCCUGUUGCCUGUUGAAUUCUGGGGUAACACAGCGGGGGAACAUCACCACCUUAGAACUUAGUUUCCACUUCCUGGAUCAGUGGUGACUCCUGGAUGCUGGAUCUGUUUUGGAAAGAACCGCAUGAGAAUCUGCUUCUUGCAAAGGGUUUGUGGCAGGAAAUGUGAAAAUUGAAAAUGAAGGCCUAUUUAUGGUUCUGCAAAAAAGCAUCACCAUAACUACGCUGAGUGUAUCUACAUUUAUAUCUCCUCGUAGAUAUGGGUCAAUGCAGAGACCACUGAAACCCCAGAGACCAAUGUCAAAAUUUAAUGAAUUUUAUACAAGCAAAGCACAGAUAAAAAUGUCCAUAAUGGUGUUCCCAUUCUUUGAAACUCUCGAGUCCACUGGCGACACAUUUGCUGGUGUUCAGACUGAUGUAUUGAAGAUUGUCGCUGUGAAUUUAGCGACAUCUAGCCUGGCUAACAUCAGACUGUAGAGACAGAAAAAGGCUCCUGAAGGCGUCAGACACCACCUUAAGGUGGUGUCUGACGCCUGAUGCUGAUUGGAUAACACCAGUUUGAAACCAAAAAAUCACAAACACGGUCAUUGAGGGCGUCAGAGGUUAUAGGGAAAUGCACAUUCAUUUGAUUGGCAAGUAACAGUCCUUGCGAAUUCAAAUAUAAGAACGAAUCAUAAAUACAAUCAUAGAUGCUGCCAAACGAAAGGAGUUUGUCCAGACUCUGCAUACGGUCUGCAGCAGCCAGGCUUAGUGACAUCACUCUUUAUUUUCUUGGGGAUGAUGUGUAUCUUUGGUUCCAUGAGUGGAAGUGAAAGGCUGGUUUAUGCU